AUGGAUUGGUGGGACAAAGUGAUCUUCCCCGUCCGCCGCGUUUGGGUCGCCGUUUCUGCUCGCGUCAAGUCCCGCAAACACGGUGGCGGGAUUCUGAUGCUUCACAACGACGUUCAGACUUGCGGGUACGAGGACGUCCAAGUCAUGUGGGAAAUGCUGCGGCGCUCCCAACUUGAGAUCAGCAGCAGCAGCAGCAAUGGCAAUCUCCUGAAGCAGCAUCGACCGUUCUGGCGAAGCUUCGUGUGGUCGUCGUCGUCGAACGCUCUUCGUCGUAAUCGCAGGACUAGCAGCUCCACUUCGCCUCUCGUGGCUGAUAUAGCCUGA